UCGGCGCUGGAGAAACAUCUUGACCAUCUAUCUCCUCUUCUUAUUACUCGGUGUGUGCCUGCUCCAACUCUCCAACUCUCCAACUCUCUCCUCCAUCUUUCUCUCUCACCUCUUCUCCCUCUCUUAUCUCUUGUCUCUCAUCCCAAGGAUUCCUCCAAUCUCACUCAAUCAAAAGAUCGCCCAGCCCACGCGUUCUUCAGCCGUACCACUCACUCACUGCUGCCCCUCCUCCUCCUCCUCCCGUACAUACAUUCCGUCUGUGUGUGUGCGUAGUCCGACGCCGAGUUACCCCUCACUCCGUCCUGCUGUUUUUCUGCUGCUUCUUCUUCUCACUGGCCGGGUGCCCGCAAUCCUACUCCUCCUCUCUCGUCUGAAUACCCUCAUCCGCCACCACUACAAUGUCCACCACCCAGCUCCCCGUCUCCGACGUCGACCGCUACGACUAUGUCAUCGUCGGCGGCGGCACCGCCGGUUGCGUCGUCGCCUCCCGCCUGGCCGAGUCCCUUCCCCAGAAGCGCGUCCUCCUGAUCGAGGCCGGUCCCAGUGACUUCAUGGACGACCGCGUGCUGGACCUGCGGAAGUGGCUCAACCUGCUCGGCGGCGAGCUUGACUACGACUACGGCACCACUGAACAACCCAUGGGCAACUCUCACAUCCGCCACUCCCGCGCCAAGGUCCUCGGCGGCUGCUCAUCACACAACACCCUCAUCUCCUUCAGGCCCUUCGAGUACGACCUGAAGAUCUGGCAGUCCAUGGGCGCCAAGGGCUGGACCUUCCACGACUUCAUGCGCCUCAUGAACAAGCUGCGCAACACGGUCCAGCCCGUCCACGCCCGCCACCAGAACGAGCUCUGCCUCGACUGGGUCAACUCGUGCUCCUCGGCCCUCAACAUCCCCGUCCUGCACAACUUCAACAAGCACAUCACCCAGGACGGCGCCCUCAAGCAGGGCGUCGGCUUCUUCUCCAUCUCCUACAACCCGGACGACGGCCGCCGGUCCAGCGCCUCGGUCGCCUACAUCCACCCCUUCCUGCGCGGCGACGAGAAGCGCCCGAACCUGACCGUCCUCACCAACGCCUGGGUCUCCAAGCUCAACGUCCGCGGCGACACCGUCACCGGCGUCAACCUCACCCUCCAGGACGGCUCCAAGCGCACCGUCACCGCCCGCACCGAGACCAUCCUCUCGGCCGGCGCCGUCGACACCCCGCGCCUCAUGCUGCUGUCCGGCAUCGGCCCCAAGCAGCAGCUCAACGACCUCGGCAUCCCCGUCAUCCACGACCUGCCCGGCGUCGGCGAGAACCUGCAGGACCACCCGGAGUCCAUCAUCAUGUGGGAGCUCAAGAAGCCCGUGCCCCCCAACAAGACCACCAUGGACUCGGACGCCGGCAUCUUCCUGCGCCGCGAGCCGCCCAACGCCGCCGCCAAGAAGACCUUCUUCAACCCGGACGCCAUCCCCGACGGCGACAUCGCCGACGUCAUGAUGCACUGCUACCAGAUCCCCUUCACCCUCAACACGGGCCGCCUCGGCUACGACGAGCCCAAGGAGGGCUACGCCUUCUGCAUGACCCCCAACAUCCCCCGCCCCCGCUCCCGCGGCCGCCUGUACCUGACCUCGGCCGACCCCUCGGUCAAGCCGGCGCUCGACUUCCGCUACUUCACCGACGAGGAGGGCUACGACGCCGCCACCCUCGUCUACGGCAUGCGCGCCGCCCGCAAGGUCGCCGAGCAGGCCCCCUUCAAGGACUGGAUCGCCCGCGAGGUCGCCCCCGGCCCCAAGGUCCAGACCGACGAGGAGCUCAGCCUCUACGCCCGCCGCGCCGCCCACACCGUCUACCACCCGGUCGGCACCACCAAGAUGGGCGACGUCCGCAAGGACCCGCUCGCCGUCGUCGACGAGCGCCUCAACGUCCGCGGCCUCAAGCGCGUCCGCAUCGUCGACGCCGGCGUCUUCCCCACCAUCCCCACCAUCAACCCCAUGUUGACCGUCCUCGGUGUCGCCGAGAAGGCCGCCGAGAUGAUCAUUGACGAGGCCCAGGAGACGGCCCGCCUGUAAAAGAGGAAGAAGAAAAAAAAAAGAAAGGGUCUGAGAGUCUUGUCUGUGAAGGUCUAUCUGUAAAAUCAUCGAAUCCCUGAGAAAGAAAGAGGAGGGGAGGGAAAAAAGGAACAAAAACUUGAAGCGGAAUCAUGUGCACAAGGGACAUACAUACAAAAGCAUCUGUUGUCAUGGCCUUUUUUUUACAAGUUUUAUUUUUUUGGAAGAGUUAGCUAUCAGGCAUUAUACCAAUGAUAUCAUGACCAUGUACAAUCUCUUG